AUGCCGCAGCUUUUCCCGACCGACCCGUCUUCGUCGAUGGUCAUCCGUGCGGUGACGCCAGAAAUCAUCACGUUCAGUCUGCCAUUCGCGCGGUUCGGAAUCGUACGGUUCGGAGCUCGAGGAACUUUAAUCAAGCUCGCAACUGGCUCCCUCGCCAUCUUCUCGCCCGUUAGCCUCACACCCGAAGUCCGUGACACAGUCCAGUCGCAGGGCGGCAACGUCAGGUACAUCAUCGCGCCGGAUCUUGAGCACCACUUGCACCUCACAGCAUGGAAGAACGCCUUCCCGGAGGCUCAUAUCCUUGCACCGCAUGGUCUGUGGGAAAAGCGACAGAAAGUCCCUGAGUUUAAGGAUACACCUUUCGAGCAUGUGUACAAGGACGGAUCAGACAAGAAAAUUUCGGAGGAAUUCAACGCGGAGUUUGACGUUGAAUACGUGCAAGGGCAUGGAUCACGCGAGAUUGUUCUGCUCCACAGACCCUCGCGUACUGUCAUCGAGGGCGAUCUCAUUUUCAACUUGCCCGCGACCGAGCAGUACUCGAAGACCAAGGAGGGUGCUAGCGCCAACUUCUUGACCCGGCUGGUUCUUCCCCUCUUGAGUCUACACGAGCCUUCGACAGGACACCGGCGUUUUGCUUGGUAUAUCUUAGCUAACAACAGAGCUUCGUUCACAGCAUCCAUGCAGCGGAUUGCUCGGUGGGACUUUGACCGGCUCAUUCCAUGCCAUGGGGACGUGGUCGAGAAAGGUGCCAAGGGGGUGUUUCAGGAUGUCAUGGCUUGGUUCCUGAAGGAUGAUCGCAAGCAUGUCUAA